CCCUCGUGGCCAGGAGUGGCGCGUGUGGCGGGGCGCGGCGAGUACCAUGUGGUGCCGUGGCUCGGGCUGCCGGCUUUGGUCCUCCUGACCUUCUCGGGCCUCGGAGCCCGCACCCCGCAGAGAUGCCGAAAGUCAAGUCGGGGGCGAGCGUCCGGCGCCGGAAGCGGCAGGAACAGCGCCAGGAGCUGAAGAGCACCGGAGGACUCAUGUUCAACACUGGGAUUGGGCAACACAUUUUGAAAAAUCCCCUCAUUGUUAACAGCAUUAUCGAUAAGGCUGCCUUAAGACCAACUGAUGUGGUCCUGGAAGUUGGACCUGGGACUGGCAACAUGACUGUAAAGUUGUUAGAAAAGGCAAAAAAGGUAGUUGCCUGCGAGCUUGACCCAAGGCUGGUAGCUGAGCUUCACAAAAGAGUUCAGGGCACCCCUCUGGCCAGCAAACUUCAGGUUAUGGUGGGUGAUGUGUUGAAAGCAGAUUUACCAUUCUUUGAUGCUUGUGUGGCAAAUUUGCCUUAUCAGAUCUCUUCUCCUUUUGUCUUCAAGUUGUUGCUGCACCGACCUUUCUUCAGAUGUGCCAUACUUAUGUUUCAAAGAGAAUUUGCCCUCCGACUGGUUGCAAAACCUGGAGAUAAGUUAUACUGCAGACUCUCUAUUAACACACAGCUGUUAGCACGUGUAGACCAUCUAAUGAAAGUUGGAAAGAAUAACUUCAGACCACCACCCAAGGUAGAAUCCAGUGUUGUAAGGAUAGAACCUAAGAAUCCACCACCACCUAUCAAUUUUCAGGAAUGGGAUGGCCUAGUAAGAAUCACCUUUGUUAGGAAAAACAAGACACUGUCUGCUGCAUUUAAGUCAAGUGCUGUGCAACAGCUGCUGGAGAAAAACUACAGAAUUCACUGUUCCCUCCAUAAUACUAUAAUACCAGAAGAUUUCAGCAUAGCAGAUAAAAUACAGCAAAUCCUAACCAACACAGGUUUUAGUGACAAACGGGCCCGUUCCAUGGACAUAGAUGACUUCAUUAGAUUGCUACAUGGAUUCAAUGCAGAAGGCAUCCAUUUUUCUUAGGUAUCUGGAAAGCAGCAUUUUUCAAAGUCAAGAAAAAAACUGGAAUUAUGUAUUUUUAAUAGUUCGAGAAGAUGAACUACGUUUUGUACCAUUGGGACAAUAUUUGCUUGACUACUUUUUGAUUUACUACUAUGGUUGUCACCAUUUACUACUCUCAGUUUUUAAGGUAGUCAGUCAGUUUUAAGUGCCCAAAGUUUUUUGUUGAAUUUUGUUUUUGGUUUGUUUUUAAUAUAUAGGGUCCAAUCCAUACAUAAUAAUCAAGUUCAAGAGCUGCAGACAGGCACAACUUUACAUUUUAUCAUACUUUAUCAUUUCUUACAGUUUAUUGUAUAAAGAUUUUAACUCUAUUUACUAUUGUAUAUAUUACUGUGAGGACCUUUUUGGGCUCUGUCCCUCAAGUAGUGAAGUUAAAAUAAGCUUUGCUAGUCACAUUUUUCCCAUACCAUUUCUUCUUGUUAUUCACAUGUACAGUAAAACAAUGGUUUCUUAACCACUGUGCCACCAGGGCUCCUGUGUUUCUUAGACUGUUUUCUUAGCUUCUCUCAUUCUUCCCGUUUAUCCUAUACAAUUGCUAUUAAUUUCCUUUGCGCACCCCUUUACCUAUCCUAUAGCAUCAGACUACAUCAGGGUUCUGUGUAAGCCUGAAUCUGCUACUGUCACCAUGUGGUGCCAGGCAUAUUACUUGUGGACAUGAUUCCUUUUACCUGUAAAAUAAAGUUCAGUUAGAAUGAAA